AGGGCGGGACUUCCGGGGAGAGCCAUGUCUACCCUGUACAUCGAGUCGGUGGCCGAGCAGGGGAACUGCCUGCACAAACUGAGUUACUGCGUCCGCCGGGAGCUCAAGGUGCUGGGGAUCACCGAGAUCCUGCUGGGCAUCGUGCAGAUCACCCUGGGCCUUCCACUCAACUUCGAUCAGACUCACAUCUUCGUUAUCCUCAUCGGCGUCCCCUGGUGGAGUGGUAUCUGGUACAUCGUGUCAGGGUCCCUGGUGGUUGACAUCAUUAACACCUCCAACACGAGCCUCAAGCAGGUCGUCGCUCUCACGCACGUCGUCAGCUGCCUGGCGGCCACCAUCGGGUUUGGCGCCUACCUCGUCUCCCUGUACCUCAUGCCCCCCGUCUCCUUGAACUUCUUCUAUCUCCAGCCACUGCUGCUUCUGGUGUUCCUGACCGUAGUGUGUCUCGUCGAGCUGGUAGUGGCUUCGCUCAUCCUCUUCCUGCACUGUGUGCUCAUCGGAAAGGAGAUUCACAUCUCCAGGCUCUCGCUCAGCCGCCACUGAGGCAGACGGCUGCGAUGCGACACCCCCACACCGUCUCGUCCGCGUCUGGGCCGGGUGCAGAUGGGGGAUCGUCACCCUGCCUGCCGCUGCCCGUAAUCUCUGCUCCUCUCCCACCACCCCUGGCCUGGCUCCGUCACCCCCUCCGGAGCCGUGUCACGAUCACUCGUUAAUUCUGUUCAGCCGGCCGAUGGCCU